AUGCAGUUGGAUGAUAUCAUGAAAGAGUUGAUUCAACACCUGGAAGAUUUGAAACUAUUAACAGCGGAUGCUCAAGUAUACAAGGCUGAUGAAAUAUGGGACAGACUGCUUGACUUGAUACAGGAAUUGUACAAUCAUAGUUACAAUGUAGUGCAGCGCUUACAGAGUAUUGAACUGCAAGAUAUCACAGUCAAGUAUUUGGAGUAUAAUCGACCCAGUUUACAGAUCAAAGUAAUGGAGUUUACUGUAGUGUUUUUGAGAAUGACGUACAGUGAUGAUCAGUUCAAAGUAUCUCAACGACUAAGCAACCAAAUUGUACAGCUCAUGCAAUCACCAAACCGUCAAGUCAAAAUGGCGGCAAGUCAUGAUUGA